AUGUCAUACUUACCAGCUCUGCUAUUGCCUCUUGCGGCCCUCCUCACGCCCACCUUGGCCGCCGACUCGUAUGUCUCCAGCAACUCUGAGACACCAAAAGACAACAAUGGCAACUGCAGCUGCUACGUCGUUUCCACAGGCGAUAACUCAGAUACACCGCAGUACUUUCAAUACUACCGGUUUUACGACUUCCGGAACCUUGCGGGUGGCUUCGAUACUGCACCACCGCUGAUCAACGACACGCAAAAUGCAUCGGCGCUUUCAACAUGGCAGCCCUCGAUUUUCAACAGCGACAAUUGGAUAUCAGACUGGGGUAUCCAGAACUGGAGCAAACCUGCAACCGACGACUUCCCAGUGCCUCUGACGAAUUCCUACGCAAACAUCUACAUGGGCGAAGAAGACAACAGCACCUUCCUCACGCUUCGAACCUCUCGACACAAUGACCACCAAACCGCCGGUGAAAUCGAGAACCAGCAAAAGAACCUGAUGCACGUCUCCAUGCGCAUGUACGGUCGUGUUGUCGGCGACCCUGGCGCCGUAGCAGGCUUCUUCACUUUCUAUGACGACUCCAACGAAUCGGACAUUGAGAUUCUCACGCGCGAUCCCAAGGACCAAACCCGCUACACCAACCAACCGUCUGUUGACAAGAGCGGCAACGAAAUUGCCGCUGCAUCUACUGGACCGACAAACCUUGCGCCCUGGGACGAGUGGCAGACCCAUCGUAUCGAUUGGUUGCCCAAGGACAGCUUCUGGUAUCUCAACGACAAGCAAGUUGCCGCGAAUACAUACAGUGUGCCACGCAAGCCGAGCUAUUUGGUGCUCAACAUGUGGGGUGAUGGUGGCGAGUGGAGUGGCAACAUGACUGUUGGAGAUCACGCCGAGUUCCAAAUACAGUGGAUUGAAAUGACAUUCAACACUUCUGGACCAUACACAGGUUCUCAAAAGGCGGACAAGAGAGAUGUUAUGGAGAAGCGAGGAAGGAAGACUUGCGGUAAUGUGUGCAAGAUUGAUGAUGUAAAGCAACUUGGGACACCUGAGAUUGUUUCCUAUGGUGUUGAUGGCGAGGAAGACGACGGUCUGUCCGCGGGCGCGAAGGCAGGAAUUGCUAUCGGUGUCAUUCUGGGCGUUGCGCUUCUUGCUGCUAUUGCAUGGUUCUUCUGGCGGAAGAGGAGAGCUACAUCAGUGACGAAGAGCAAAGAAGGAUACGAAUUAACGGCCGAUCAAAGGAGAUAGCGCGGAGAACAAAGAAACGAGUAUCUACGAGUAAUUCUAAUGAAAGCUGAUGUAUUGUAA